UGUGUAUUUGUAUUUCAUAUUAAGGGUGUAUGAAUGGGUAGAUCAAAAGUACUACUUGCAUUCAAAUACCAUUGGGAAUGCAGAUCAUUUGGAGAAUUUGACCAUGAUGUAUUGUAUUGACAGUUAAAAGCAGGUCUUCCAACUCUUUAAAAUGGAAGAAAUAUACAAUUCAAGGGGAAGGUUGCUCACCACCAAAUGUCACGGCAUCAGAAUUAAAUCAUUAUGAUACAGAUAGUAACAAACCUGAAAUGUAAUUCUUUAUAUAUAUAGUAUAUUUGAUGGUGAGCAUGUAAACAAAAAGUAUUCAUAGACAUAAAGGCUUGCCUCUAGACAUGGUGGAUGCUGGAGGUUUUAAAGAAGAGAGAGGACAACCAUUUGUCCAGAAUAGUAUAGAAUCUCUUGCUUGAGCAGGGGGUAGUACUGGAAGACCUCCAAGGUUCCUUCCAAAUCUGUUAUUCUAUAUACUCUAUAAAUGCAGCAUUUUAGAUUCAAUUGCAAAAAAGACACAUUGGAUCAUACAGCAAUACUUCUUAGCUCCUCUCUGCCUAGUGUUUUUUCCCAGGAUUGUGUGGCUUCCUAUCAUACCUACAACAUGAUCUUAGAAGAUGAUGUAAUGCAUUUCAUGUGCAUCCCACAUGGCCCGAACUACUUUUUGGAUUUUGAAUUUGAAGCUUAGCAUGGGACUAAAACCUUUUUGGAACUUAAGAAAUUCCUAAUUUUAUAGAAAAAUGGAAUAUUGCAACAACUGCUAACAUGUUAAACUGGGUGUGGAAAACCUGGAGGCUUUCAGAUUUGGAUUUUCCCAUUUGUGCCAACAUGUCAUCUCUAAUGACUUGGAACUUUGAGGAACCUCAAGCCUCAGAGCUUUAUUUCGUUGGGGAUGUUCCUUGGAACCUUGACAAAUGACAGUGUGACUAUACUAUAUGCUAUGGGCUGAGAUUUUUCUCAUGUUCUUUUGUACCUUUUCUCUGCCAUGUGGACCCUAUUUAAAAACAUAUUUCAUAUAAGACCCUAUUUCUAGUUUUUGAAAGUGCCACUGUCUGCCUUUUAGAAAACAAAACUAUUGUUUUAGUAAUAAAAAGUUGGAUAUUAUUAAUUGAAUCAUAGAAGGGGCUACUGAGUCUCAUCGAAGCCCAAGACGAUACCACAGUGGUUUCUUUCACUGGUAUUUGUUGCAAUCUUUUUUUCUUCCUCAUCCCCAACUAUAAGGACAAGACUAAAAAGGAUGGGGUAAAACAAGCACAAACUCUACAAAUCCAGCAAUAUACACUCAGUUUGCAGAAACUGAUGCCAUCUGAAGCAUGUUACCUGACAAUAUGGAAUCAAAAUUGCUUAAAAUAAUUAUUGCAAAAUAUUUAACAGUGAAGAAAAACAUAGAUGAGUGUUAGAGAAACAGGAUUAGAUUCAAAGAGUAAAUGUUAACAAAGCUAAACUAUUGAAGAUUCAGCUUUGGAGAAAAUAGUAAAAAGAAUCAAAUCCUUCAGUUCAUACCAACCCUUUUUUGCAAUACAGUCUAGAAACAAGGUGCAUUGGAUUUCCCUUAAAAUCCUGGAAUUCACCAACCUGCAGCUUUCCUUUUCUUCUGAGUUAUAUAUUUUUUUAAGGAUUUAAUUUGUAUAAUUCUUUGCCAUAUUGGAUAAACAGUCUACUUGGUUGUAGAAGUGUUUAUUCUGAGCUGAUGCGGUGAAAAUGAUUUUAAUGGAGAGUUGAGGUAUUUUCCAUAGUUUUACCCUUUGGACCCAGACGUUAAUAUGACUAGAUCUGCUCAGCUCCUCCUCUUUCUUUUCUUAUAUUCACACAUAUAUUAGGGGCUGUUCACCAAGUUCCUUAUACCAUUGUAAGGUGAGUUCCAUGUUGGAAAAGGCUGCCUUAAACAAAGACUGAAAUAUAGUAACUUUCUCUGUGCAGCAUCAGAAUAAAAUGGUGAAUUUCUCUGAUGCUCGAGGACUCAAUUUCUAAAAGCAAGUGACCCUGUGUGGCAUACAACAAAGCUAAAGCAAUAUCAAACACCAUGAUUAUUUUUUAAAAUAAACUAAGAACAGAGCUAAAACAAAUAACAGAUGAAGUGACGUUAAUAGUAAUGGAGCCACCUCAUUAAUUCACCGGCCCUUAGGGUUCCAAAGGCCUACUGACAUCACCAAGUCUUGAAACCAGAAGCUUGGAAGUGAUAAGGCCAUCUCGGGGGAAGAAGAUUCAACCACAUGGACAUCACAAUAGAAAAGGCCCACUGCCUAGGCCCACCAAAUGUAGUUCCUAGAAAACAGAACCUAUAACCUAGCCCACUUUGCAGAUGAAAUCACUGACACUCCCUCAAAUAACCCUAUCCCAUGCUCUAUUGGUAGCACAGGGUGCACUUGCUUGCUUUGUGCAAAUGCGCAGAGCAUUUUUAAUGAUGUCUGGGCGGGUGGGCGGAGCCUCCCAUCGCUACCGGUUUGCCCAAACUGGGGCAAACCAGGAGCAACCCACCCUUGAGCAGCUUGCAUUGUUGGCUAUUAAUCAUGUAAGUCAGAUAAAUUUGAAGCUGGCUAAGAGUCCCAGUCAAAAAUAAGUGAACAUUAGGUUUCAGAAUAUACUACAUUAGUUUAUCCUUGGGUAGUUAAAACAGCACAAAUUUAUACACAUUGGGGCAGGAGAGCAGGGAAAGACUUGAGAGUGCUGGCCACAAAUUUGUUGUAGCUAGAACUAGAAAAAAACCACUUUAAAACAUACAGUAUUUACAAUCAAGCUGUAUUAUAUCUUCUCACAAAUAAUGUAUCACUUUGAUUAAUAUUUUCACACAAAAAAUUGAGAAAAAAAAUGAGAAAGAACAAACAUUUGUGAUAAUACAUAGCCAAAUUGCUGCUAUUAUUUUCAGCAUGAUUACAUUUGCUACCUUAAUUAUUCGUAACUAAAUAUUUUGCCUGGUUUUUUUUUUAUUAUAUUCAUUCUCAAGAGUGAGAAUGUACAUAUGUAUAAAGCCCAAGCCAAACAAACUGCAUAUUGGCCAUGCAGUAUGAGAGCCUAGUUAUGGCAUGUGAGCCACGAUGUAUCAUACAAUGUAAUAUUGUGAUCCCAGCCUGUGGAUAUUAUACACACCUUUGUUGGCUAGUGUGAUGCAUGAUGAGGCAAAGGAAUUGGCAAAUAACCUCUCCACUUAUUUUUAUCAAUCGUUUUCCUCAUCCUCUGCAACUUUCUUCUUCAUCUUUUAGUGGCUUCCUUACAUCCUUAGCACUGGCUCCUAUUCGCCAAAUAUCUGCCUUAUUUCCUUUUUUCUUCUUCAUGAUUUUCUGUCGAUAAUCUUUAUAAAAGACUUCUUAUUUCAAAAUGUAGAAUUCAACAUUUCUUUCAGUAGGAAUCAAGUUAACUUUCUUUAUUGAGACCUGCUCCGAAUUAACAUUAUUUAAGUGUAGAUAAAAAUAUACACCAAAAUUGUAAACAACCUGUGAAUAGUUUAUUUAUUUAUUAAUUUAUUUGCAGAUUCUGUUGCAUUUGAAUCACUUGAAAUUUUACACAAUCAGUUUUCAUCCAGAUUCAGCUUCCAUUCUGUAUUUAAAAUUAUGGUGAUUUUAUAACUCUUUAAGAUUCAUUGAGAAAAAUAGUUAUUUAAUAAACAUAUUACCGUUCCAAUGAAGUACAAUAAAAACAAUUAUACCACCAUUGCCAAAAUAACUGGAACAUAAUGCAGGAUCUUUCCUGAAUUGGAGAUAACAUUUUUAAAGCCUUGCUAUCAUGAAUAUUUGUGGAAGGGAGGCAACAUAUUAUAUCAUCAUAUAAAUACCAUUACUUCUUGCAUCAGACAGAAGGUAACCUUUUAAGAAUGGUACGUGCUAAUGUCACAGUGGAUGUGUUGGUAGUUUGUCGUGAACAGCACUACUUGCUAUGUUUUUAGUUGCUAGAGUUAAUUAGUAUUAAAGUUACAGACUAAAUUUUAGUUUUGCUAUAAUCUCUUGAUAGUGCUAAUUUAACAAUGCUUAUAAAUCAGUGCUAUUUUAAAAGGCAACUGAGUUCAAUCCCUGUUGGCUUUCCCCCAGCAAUUUUAGAGGUUUCAGAAGCAAACUUCUCUGGGUUUUGGUCCCAUUCCCCAUGGAACUUAUCAAUUGAUGCUUACGAUAAAUUUCAGAGUUCGAUGAAUGCUAAUAUCUCUAAAGUAUUUCACGACUCCAAACUGCAGUCUUGAGUGUUAGAGCAUCGGAUCCUUUUAAGUGGUUCAAUGUUUUUCUCAGCCCCGCCUUUAGAAUGGAAUCAAGAGAAGCUAGCAGGGUGGAAGACAGCAGCGCCCCCUCUAGCUCACCUCUGAUCAAUCAAAAAGGACAAUGACAUGGCAGCAGGUACCACCCGAUGAGGCUAUACGGUUGCGCGCGCACGCGCUCUAGCUUUUCCCACUCCCCUCUCCGAUAGUCGCCGGCGUUUCCUCUUUCAGCCAUUUUUUUCCCAGCGCUGUGAAGGAGGAAGCGGCAAGAAGGUUCCGGACCCAAGCUGCAGCAUUUUGCUCCUCUUGCCAUUCCUUACUGGCCAGCCUUCGGAGACUUCUGGUUAAGCAGAAUCAAAAUCGGAUUCUCUGAGUUAUGUUUUAGCUUUCCUCUAAUCUCACCUCCUUCGGUCUAUCGCAACAUCUUCUGAGUUCGGAAGUUGUUUCUUUCCACGAUUCUUUUGCUUCGUUCUCGUUUCUUUCUACUCCGCUCCUUUUCAAAAUUGCAAGCGGAUUAUCUAAUAGUGAGCUCCUCGUCGUUCACCAGCCUUUCCCUCAGCGAAACAAUCCUCCCUAGUUUUGGCGCGCGAGCCGGGUGAGUCUGGAGGAGGAGUCACUGCCGCCGCCGCCGCCGCCGCCUGUGAUUUCAGGACCUUGGAGAGCUGCUUGGACGGAUCGAUCGGGGAACUGCGGCACCACUCACAGCUAAGCGACCGGAGGAUUGCGCAGUCCUCCUUCAAUUUGCGGCCGACGCGUGCCUGCAAUUCAUGAAGUUGUGAUCCUACACUCUUUUUUACCUCUACUAGUUGUGACCAGCCUUCUGGGACACAAUUUUAUGUCCAGGCGUAAUUCAUGUUCCUCCACUUUUCAUUGGUUUGGAUGUUGUGGGUAACCCCAUAGCUGAUUUCAUCAAAGUCUAAUUGGGAACCCUACUUUUUAAGGCCACUUUGCAGCGGGGGUAGCUGUGUAUCCACAACUUACUUGUUAACAAAAGAAUCCUUAUUUGGUUUUGUUUUGAUUUAAUUAGAAUAUGAGUGGGUACAUAACAAUUAAUAAACUGUGGUUUUCUUCUGGAGCUGAACAGUAUAGCAACAUUGCAAUCAGAGUGGGAGGCUGGCAUUGUGAGGGAAGAGUGUAGUUGUGAAGCAGGGGAAAAUACCUCAGAUUGCAAGAGAAUGUCAUUUAUUUAUAAAGAUGGAGGUUAACUGAAUACUGAAGAAUAGUUAAAUACUUACUUUAAAGACUCUAGUCUACAAUGUUCCAAAACAUGGACUAUCUAGGGUAGAAGCGGGGAUUUUAGAAAGCAAGCAAAUGGACAGUAGCAACCAAUUCUUCAGAAGAAUCAUAUUUAAGAUUAUAAUAAAGUAAUUGACUAAAGACGUUGCCUUGCAGGACUCAAUUACUUAAAAAUAAAUAUAUAUUUCCAGCAAGAAAGUGUGUUCUACUUAAAUCUGGAUUACUAGUUUUAUAAAUCUUAAUUCUUUAAGAAGGAGCCAUAAUUAAUCCCUUUUAAAUGCCUAGCCUUCAGGUUUUUCUUUCCCUAAUGUCAUUUUAGAAUAUCUCUUAUUAACAUGCUUUCUUUUUAAAACAAAAUUAAAACGUUACGUAUUUCAUUUGAGUUAGCAGAAAAUGCCAUACUGCUGCAUCAUUGGAACAUUUGAGAGAUUCUUUGUGAGAGGAAACAGUCUUUGCUGGAUGUGAAAUUAUCAAAUCCAAGGAGUUCUCUUAAGUGAAAUUAAUCUUGAGACUUUUUCUACAAAAUGAAGAAAUUUAGUUUUCACAAAGUUUUGGAUGGUUUAACUUCAUCCCCUAGUGGAAACUGCAGUAAUAGUAGCAGUGGCAGUGGGCCUGGAAGGAACUCUGGGAACUCUGGAGAGGCUGCAGGGACACCCAGGGAUGAAAUUCAGGAAAGGCUGACUGCAGACUACUUUCGGUUAAGCAAGACAGUUCGUCAUGGAUUUCCAUAUCUGCCCACUGUCUUAGCUUUUGACCCAGUUCAAAAGAUUCUGGCUGUUGGAACAAGAACAGGUGCAAUACGAAUAUUGGGCAGGCCAGGUGUUGAUUGCUAUUGUCAGCAUGAAAGUGGUGCUGCUGUUCUGCAGCUUCAAUUUUUAAUUAACGAGGGUGCUUUGAUUAGUGCAAGUUCAGAUGACAUGCUUCAUUUGUGGAAUCUAAGACAGAAACGGCCAGCGAUUCUUCAUUCCCUAAAAUUUAACCGAGAACGGAUUACCUUCUGUCAUCUACCUUUCCAAAGCAAGUGGCUCUAUGUUGGAACAGAGAAGGGAAAUACACACAUUGUAAAUAUUGAAUCCUUCAUACUUUCUGGAUAUGUUAUCAUGUGGAACAAGGCAAUAGAACUAUCAACAAAGACUCACCCUGGGCCUGUUGUACAUCUAAGCGAUAGCCCAAGAGAUGAAGGGAAAUUAUUAAUAGGUUAUGAAAAUGGGACCAUAGUAUUAUGGGAUUUGAGAUCAAAAAGAGCAGAUUUAAGAGCAUAUUACGAUGAGGCUAUUCACUCAAUUGGAUGGCAUCAUGAAGGGAAGCAAUUUAUGUGCAGUCAUUCUGAUGGCAGUUUAACUCUAUGGAAUCUAAAAAGUCCCAGCCGGCCUUUCCAGAUAAUCAUUCCGCAUGGUAAAAUUCAGCGAGAUGGGAAAAAAGUUGAAUCUUGUAAGCCCAUUCUUAAAACAGAAUACAAGACCUGUAAAAACAGUGACCCUUUUAUCAUUUUUUCUGGUGGACUUUCUUAUGAUAAACCUUGGCGAAGGCCAGGUCUGACAAUCAUGCAUGGAAAAGCAAUUACAGUGCUUGAAAUGGAUCACCCUGUGGUUGACUUUUUAACUCUUUGUGAAACUCCAUACCCAAAUGAAAUUCAAGAACCCUAUGCUGUUGUUGUACUAUUAGAAAAAGAUCUAAUUGUUGUUGAUCUGACUCAAAGCCAUUUCCCCAUUUUUGAAAAUCCUUAUCCCAUGGAUAUUCACGAUUCACCUGUUACCUGCACAGAAUACUUUGCUGACUGCCCUCCGGAUUUGAUUCCUGUGCUAUAUUCUGUAGGUGCAAAACAUAAAAAGCAAGGAUAUAGCAAUAAGGAGUGGCCUAUCACUGGUGGAGUAUGGAACCUAGGAUCACAAACAUAUCCUGAGAUUAUUAUUACAGGUCAUGCAGAUGGAUCAGUAAAAUUUUGGGAUGCUUCUGCCAUCACACUGCAAAUGCUGUACAAGUUAAAAACUUCAAAAAUAUUUGAAAAACGGAAGUUGGAAGGCAAGCCAUCAGCAGAUAUGAUAGAAGAUGAUCCGUGUGCAAUCCAGUUAAUGUACUGGUGUCCUGAAAGUAGAAUAUUUUGCAUAGCAGGUGUCUCUGCAUAUGUUAUUAUUUAUAGAUUCAGCAAACAUGAAGUUAAUACUGAAAUAUCGUCUUUAGAGGUACAGCUCCAGAGUGAGAUAGAAGAUACCAUUACUCCUGAAGCAGAAAUUAUGACUCCAUUUGCCGAUGCCUCUUCCGAUUAUUCAUCUUUAAAAGACCUCUCAGGCAGUUGCAAUACUCCAUCUGAGCGAACAAUGGAUUGUAGUACAUUGAUCAGUGUGAAGACUCAUGCCGUAAGAAUGCCCCCUGGUUAUCAAGCAGAACUUGUUAUUCAAUUGAUGUGUGUAGAUGGUGAGGUUCCUCAACAAAUAACCAGCCUAGCAGUGAAUUCAGCCUAUGGAUUAGUUGCAUUUGGAAACUGCACUGGUCUGGUUGUCGUAGAUUUUUUGCAGAAGACUAAACUGCUGAGCAUAGGAAGCUUUGAGCUCUAUGGAUCGAGUGAUCCCUAUCAGCGCCAACCUCGUUCUCCUCGCAGAAGCAAGCAGUUUACUGCAGGUCUCACAGAGGUACUGGAUGGUCCACUUCCAAUGGAGCUGGAGCGGUGCAGGUCCCCCACAGCUUCAGAUUCUGUAAAUGGACACUGUACAAAUCCAACUUCCCUAACUUGCAGUUCUGGAAAACGGCUGUCCAGUGCAGAUGUUUCCAAAAUCAAUCGUCGCAUUCCUGGGAAGCCUCCAUUUAGGAAAGCACAGUCUGCUGCUUGCAUGGAGAUCUCUUUGCCUGUCACAAUGGAAGAAAACAGGGAGAAUUCAUUCAGCCCUUCUCGAAGUUCUAGCGUCUGCAGUAUUGACAAAGAAUCUAAGGAAGCAAUCACAGCUUUAAAUUUCAUGGAAUCAUUUUCACGGAAAAAUGACACGUCUUUGUCUCCUUGCCUCUGGGUUGGAACAAGUCUGGGUGUAGUCUUGACUCUUUCCCUUCACCUUCCCACUGUCGAUGAAUUAAGGCAAACAGAGCCAGUAACAAUUUCGCUCAGUGGUACAGUUCUAUCACUAAAGGGAGCAGUGUUAACCUUUGCUUGCUUGGACUGCAUGGGAACAUUAAUACAUCCUCCCUAUGAAGCAUGGAGAGAUCCAAAUGCCACUGAGGAUAGCGAAAGAACCAAUAAAAGGAAACUUGUCCUUCAUUCUUCAUGCUCCCAGAACACAGGAGAUCACCAGUUUGCCAUUAUCUGCUCAGAGAAACAAGCCAAAGUAUUUUCAUUGCCUUCCCAGAUAUGCCUCUAUGUUCACAACAUCACAGACACAUUAUUUUUGCGAGCAGAUGUGGUGACCCUCUGUAACAGUGUUUGCUUGGCAUGCUUUUGUGCCAAUGGGCAUAUCAUGAUACUGAGUUUACCCAGCAUCCGCUCGCUGCUAGAUGUGAAUUACUUGCCUGAAACAGAUACAAGGAUUGCCCGGACCUUUUGUUUUACCAAUGAAGGACAAGCUUUGUAUCUUGGUUCUCCAACAGAAGUCCAGCGACUGAACUAUAGCCAGGAAAUGUUUGACAAUCUGCAGGACAUGCUUGGUGAUUUGUUCAUUCCCAUGGACACGCCAGAGGCCCAAUACAGAGGUUUUCUGAAGGGGCUGUUUGGUGGAACUGGUGGAACACUUGACCGAGAAGAACUGUUUGGCGAAGCAACAUCAGGAAAAGCAUCUCGUUCUCUUGCUCAGCAUAUUCCUGGAUCAAUUGAGGGUAUGAAAGGAGCUGCAGGAGGUGCUAUUGGAGAUCUGGCUCGUGCACGCCUUGCUCUUGAUGAAAGGGGACAAAAACUUGGAGAACUAGAUGACAAGACAGCAAGAAUGAUGUCAAGUGCAGAGGCAUUUUCCAAACAUGCACAUGAGGUAAUGCUCAAAUACAAGGACAAAAAAUGGUACCAGUUCUGAUUUUCAACCGGGAAGCUGUCCCUAAAUGUGCUGUAUUGAGAAAUUAGUGGGACAAACUUUAACAGAUCAGCCUCUUGGCAGAAGCAGCUCUUGUUCUAUGCUGUUUCCUCUUUUCCUUUCCUGUCCCCAGACAGUCAAAGAAGAAGGUAGUUUUCUAAGGCCACUGCAUACUGGAUUCUUUUCCAAAUGAUCAAUAUCUAACAGGCAACAUUUAACUGGCUUUGAAUAUAAGAAAGGAUAAUUCCUGGUUUGAAGCAGCAUGUAUAUAAUAGAUUGUUAAUGCAGUUACAUGAACAAAAUUUUGCAUGAUUAACUGGCUUCCUAUACAAAAAAAGCAAAGCAUGCUAUGACUAAGGAAAGAAGUUUUAUUGUUAUGUUUCACAAAUACAAAGACAUUUAAAACAUUUCUAGCAUGUUCCUUUCAGCUGAAAAUAAACUGCAUUUCUCUGAUUUGACAUUCUUUUUUCUGUAGGCAAGUUUAGUUUGAAAACAGUCAUCAUUUCAUUAGUUAGCAAAUAGUCACAUAAAAUUUAGUGGCCAAACCUUUGUGCUUUCUUUAUGGGAUGUCUAGCAUUUUUAAACAGAUGUUAUAUUGUAUCCAGCAUUACAUAUAUUCCUUAAGUUUGUUCCAUUGAAAUUCCAGAUAAUUUUGCAACUUUUCCAAAGUUCAUGGGUUAUAUGCUGCAUUAUUAUCCAAAAUCACACAUUUUGUCUUAAACUUUCCUUAAAUAUGCACAUUUUGUAAAGUUUUUGAGCUAAGAAAUAUCUUGAGGCAGAUUGUGGUGGAUUCUUUGAAUUAUGUUUCUGGUUUCAAUGGACUUGAAAAAAAUCUGAUGGAUUUCUCAAGUAAUGAAAGUCUUUGCUUCUACUUUGGGAACUGCAGCAAAAAUUUAUAAAUGAACUAUACAAAUUAAAACUAGUGUUGCUUUUUUUCCAGUAAUUGUAGUAGAAAACAUAUCUAGUAAGCAGGUUAUAUUAAGACAUAAAUUUCAUUGAUAAAAGGGAUUGCAAGUACCUCUUUCGAGAACUCCCCAAAUUAGGUCACUGGGUACUAAUAUAGCCAAGAAUGAAAUGGGGGGAAAAAAGCUUUUUUAAAAACAAAGGAGCACACUUCAUAAAGGGAUGGAUAACAUUUUGACAACAAAGUUGGUGUCAAAACAUUAUAUCUUCCGCAAAAAGUUUUGUUUGACUGAGAGCUUCCUGAUGUAUCUACCAAGGAACACCUAGUCUCUCCAGAGAAUAAGGCAGGUCUGAGACAAAUAGGUUUAUCUGCCGGUCAAAGAUGCUGAAGUUGUUGAAAGCAUAAUUUCAGUUUGGAAAAAAUGGAAGAGAAACCAUGCUGUCUAGUCAAAAACUUAAUGAACAUCUACAAUUCACAAAGCCUGUAAGUGAUAAGAAAAGGAAAGGGUUGCCAAGGAAGAUUCUGAAAAAUAACCUGGAAUUCUAAGAAGUCUAAAGUCUGAAAUGAAAUGAGGCUAAUGAAACUUUCAAAACAAAAGGAAAAGCAACACUGAACCAAUUACUCAAUGAACAUAACAAAAGGACCACAAAAUGACGACAGGUUAGGCGGACUGCUCUACUGUAUAAAGAAAAGGUUAUGAGUCUGUAAAAUAGUUUUAUAAAAUUGUGCAUAGAUUGGAGAAACUUAUUGAACAAAAUUGUCCAGGUUUAUUACAGAACCAGGGAAUGAUCUGUUAUCUGUUAUCACAUUUGAAUAUGCAGUUAAGCAUUGUAUGGUAUCUAAGCCAACAAUUGUUGAUGUAAAUUCUUAGCAAGAGUUUUAUGCUUAUAU